UUUCUAGGUAGACAAUGUUACUAGCCCAGAUAAAUCGAGAUUCUCAGGGAAUGACUGAAUUUUCUGGAGGAGGAAUGGAGGCUCAGCAUGUAACUCUCUGUUUGACAGAAGCAGUAGCUGUACAAGAUGGUGACAACUUAGAAAACAUGGAGGGUGUAAGUUUGCAGGCAGUUACACUUGCUGAUGGUUCCACUGCUUAUAUACAACACAAUUCUAAAGAUGGAAAAUUAAUGGACGGUCAGGUGAUUCAACUAGAAGAUGGCUCUGCUGCCUAUGUUCAACAUGUAUCUAUGCCCAAAAGCAGGGACAGCCUUCGUUUGGAGGAUGGGCAGGCAGUUCAGCUGGAAGAUGGAACAACAGCAUUUAUUCAUCAUACUUCCAAAGACAGUUAUGACCAGAGUGCAUUACAGGCAGUCCAGCUGGAAGAUGGAACCACUGCUUACAUUCACCAUACAGUUCAAAUGCCACAAUCAGAUACCAUCUUAGCUAUUCAAGCUGAUGGCACAGUGGCAGGUCUUCAUACAGGAGAUGCUGCCAUUGACCCAGAUACCAUCAGUGCACUGGAGCAGUAUGCAGCCAAGGUGUCUAUUGAUGGAAGUGAAAGUGUUACUGGCACAGGAAUGAUAGGUGAAAAUGAACAAGAUAAAAAAAUGCAGAUUGUCUUGCAAGGUCAUGGCACAAGAGUGACUGCUAAAUCUCAGCAGAGUGGAGAGAAAGCUUUUCGCUGUGAAUAUGAUGGCUGUGGGAAACUGUACACAACAGCUCAUCAUCUUAAGGUGCAUGAAAGGUCACACACAGGAGAUAGACCAUAUCAGUGUGAACAUCCUGGCUGUGGCAAAGCUUUUGCAACAGGCUAUGGAUUAAAAAGUCAUGUCCGAACACAUACUGGGGAGAAGCCCUAUAGAUGUACAGAGGAGAACUGCACUAAGUCGUUCAAGACCUCUGGAGACCUGCAGAAACAUAUCCGAACCCACACAGGUGAAAGACCCUUCAAAUGUCCAUUUGAAGGUUGUGGCAGAUCAUUCACAACAUCCAAUAUUAGGAAAGUUCACAUCAGAACACAUACAGGUGAAAGACCCUAUUAUUGUACAGAGCCAGGAUGUGGGAGAGCAUUUGCCAGUGCAACUAACUAUAAGAAUCAUGUGAGAAUACAUACAGGUGAAAAGCCAUAUGUCUGUACAGUUCCUGGCUGUGAUAAACGUUUUACAGAAUAUUCCAGUUUAUACAAACACCAUGUUGUACAUACCCAUUCCAAACCUUACAACUGUAAUCACUGUGGGAAAACAUACAAGCAGAUUUCCACACUGGCUAUGCACAAGCGGACAGCACACAAUGACACAGAGCCCAUUGAAGAAGAACAGGAAGCUUUCUUUGAACCACCUCCAGGUCAGGGUGAUGAUGUGCUUAAGGGCUCCCAGAUAACAUAUGUGACAGGUGUGGAAGGAGAGGAUGUAAUUUCUGCACAGGUUGCCACAGUUACUCAAUCAGGACUUAGUCAACAAGUAGCACUUAUUUCCCAGGAUGGGACACAACAUGUCAACAUAUCUCAGGCUGACAUGCAGGCCAUUGGCAACACUAUCACUAUGGUAACACAAGAUGGCACCACCAUCACAGUCCCCGCCCAUGAUGCAGUCAUUUCUUCUGCAGGAACACAUUCUGUAGCAAUGGUUACCGCAGAGGGCACUGAAGGACAGCAGGUUGCUAUUGUGGCUCAAGACUUAGCAGCAUUCCACAGUGCCUCUUCAGAAAUGGGACAUCAGCAGCAUGGGCAUCAUCUAGUGACCACAGAAACCAGACCUGUUACAUUGUUGGCUACAUCUAAUGGAACACAAAUUGCAGUGCAGCUUGGAGAGCAGCAGUCAUUGGAAGAAGCCAUUAGAAUAGCCUCCAGAAUACAACAGGGUGAAACACCAGGGAUUGAUGAUUAACUUCUAGCAUUGCUACAAGAACAAUAGAGUGAUAUUUUAUUUUCAAUCAGCAUCAAUUCAUAAAAACUUUGAAGUUUUCCUGCUCAUUGAUACAGUGUACACAUUUAAUGCAGAGUGAAGAACACUUUGUAACUUCUGUGUACAUGACCCUUGGAACAGACUGACACCAUCUACUUGAACCAUUGUAUAUCCAGGAAUAUGGAAUUAGGAUUAUAUAAAUUCCCUUGUUAUCCUUUCAUCAGAUUUCCGACCAGUCUACAAGCAAGCAAAAGCUGAUGUGGAAGUACUGGAACAAAUUGUUACUGUCGUGAGCAAAAUAAUGAAGGCAUUAUUGGAUAUUUCAAACAUUUAAAACCAUUUAACAAAAUCAUCAUUUCAGAAACUCUUAUAGAUAAUAAAGCAAGCAAUCAAAGCCUUUUUUAAUUGUUUCCCAUAAAUAAAAGUCUUGAAGUUGGAGCCUAUUAUAAAUCUUCACAUUUUGACUUAUGUUGCAUACAGAUUUGAAGAUUCUUCUUAUUUAGAUUCCCUAUCCCAUCUCACUCAUUGUAAAUACAGACUGUUAAUGCUGGAAGUGCUAAUUAUAUUAUCUUUAAAUUGGAUUAUGUACAAAAGAGAAACUUUGGUUGUUCAAUAUUAAAUAUUAAAGACAGUAAAUCUAA